AUGACGAUCGCGCGCCACGCCGCCGCCUCGGUCGACGACGGGCUGUGGGCGUGCGGCCUCCUCCGCGGCGCGGGGCACCCUGCUGCGCGGGUCCUCGCCUGCCUGAAGGAGCUUCGCGCGCGGGUAAGGAGCGCGGACGCCGAGUCGCAGAGGAAGCUCUUGCUGUACCGCCUGGAGUUUGCAUCGGCCGUCGUCGAGAGCGGCAGCAGCAGCCCUGGCCUCCCCUCUGGCGAUGAUGCGUGGGUGCUCCUGCAGGAGGUCGUCCUCGAACUCCGGGAGGUCGCGCAGCGCGCUGAGCAGGCGUGGCUGGAGCUCUUUCAAGAGGUGGUCGCGCUCCUGUGGUCAAAGUCUUCAGCAGCAUUUGAGGCUGGUGACCACGCUAAGGCAGCACAGUGGUUGACUCAGGCUGUGCCCUUCAUACAGGAGCCCGGGCAGGUUGCAAACUGUCUGGCGACAAUUGCGUUGUACCAUAAGCGCGCGGGGAACAAGGAAGACACACGCGAUUACGUUCAACGUGCGUUGGCAACAGACCCUGCAAACUUACAGGCCACUCUGCUUGUUGUGGUUGACUCCGCUGACCAUGCAGUUGAGGCCGCCCACAUUCAAGGCUUGCUCGAGCGCCUGAUGGCAAAUCCAUCGUUCGCACCGAAGCAUGCUGCCUGCGUUGCGUCGGCGCUGCUGCAGCAGCCGCAGGCGGACCUCGCACUGGCGGGGCUGGAAGUGUUGCUCCGGAAGCUGCUACAAGCUCCUGCCGAGGCUGCGAACCUCGAGCAAACGGCAGGUGCAGACGUCCUGGACGGAUUGAGCAUCAGCUGCGAGGUGCUGGAGAGGUCCGCGGCAUUGAAGAGGCCGGCGGCCGACUUUGUCCGCCACGUCGGCCUCUCUGCAGACCACCUGCUCGCCCACCGCGCCGAGGUGAUCCAGGCCUUCCGGGAGGGGAGCGGCCCCCGGGUCGACGAGGUGCGGCGGCUGCUGCGGGCGGCGUGGGAGCGAGGGAAGGAGCUGGGCGCCAGCGAGCACUGGGAGGAGUGCGCCGCAGUCCUCGAGGCGCUCCAGGGGCUGCUGGAGCAGCUGGACGCCCUGGACAGCCGCGAGGUGCUGGAGGUGCGCAUCUGGGGCCUCGUCAUGGCCGCCUCCGCCAAGCUCUCGCUGGCGAGGGGCGCCGCCAGGGGCCCCAAGGCUCGCAGCGAGACGCACCAGCAGGCCCUGCACUGCCUCGACCGCGCGCACCAGCUGUGCCGGCGGGCCUCCUCGGCGGCGGGGGCCAUUGCGGGCCAGGCCGCUGCGAGCGCGCUGCUGGGCGCCAGCACCCUCGGGCGCGCCUUUUGCGUGCUGGUGCUGCUCGAGUUCGAGGUCCGGUGCCUCUCGGGCGACUCGGAGUCGCAGCUGCAGCGGUUCGUGGACGACGCGUCCUCUCAGGAGGCCGUCGGGAUCAAGGCCUUGCUGUUCAUGGCGAAGAUUGCGGCUGCCGCUUCAAUGCGGAAGUUGGCUAUGCACUGCCUGCAGCGGUACUUGCGCGUGGCCGUCAACGCCUCUGGAGGACUGGAUGCCCCACAGUGCGCGGUCGCCUACCGCGAGCUGAUCGGUCUGCAUGCGUCCCGGCAAGAGAGUUUUGUUGUCUACGAUGGUAUCCUCAAUCUACUCAGCGGCGUGGGUGGAAUGUCGGGGGUAAUCGACGGCGCAGUUGUGAAGUACCCGAAAGAUGAGCUCGAGUGGCUCGCAGCAACAGCUUGGAACAACGGUGCUUACUUCUACAGGCUUCAGCAGUACCGUUGGGCGGAGCGCUGGAUGAGUAAGAGUAUGGCGCUGCUCAAGUUCAUCCCCGGGUCCUUCCCAGAGGACGACAUGGUCAAGAGUUACACCGAUUGCGUAGAGCAUUGCAGGGAUUGA